CAGAUGAAUCAGCAAGAAAAACUACCGGAAGGAAAUCAAACUCAACUGAUGGAAUUCAUUCUCUUGGGUUUUGCUGACAUGCCCCAUGUCCAGUGGCUUCUAUUUGGAUUCUUUUUAAUCAUUUAUAUCAUUAUUCUGAUAAGCAAUGGUACCAUAUUUCUCCUAACAAAAAUAGAUCCUGUUCUCCAGAGUCCUAUGUAUUUUUUCCUGGCAAAUUUUUCCUUCUUGGAAAUCUGCUAUGUGUCAGCUAUUCUCCCCAGAAUGUUGAUAAACCUUGGAACCCAGAGAAGGAGAAUUUCCUUAGUGGCUUGUGCGACCCAGAUGUGCUUUGUCUUUAUGCUCGCAGCCACAGAGUGUUUGCUCCUGGCAGUGAUGGCCUAUGACCGCUAUGUGGCCAUCUGUGACCCUCUGCACUAUCCUCUACUCAUGAAUCACAAGGUCUGUAUCCAGUUGGUGACUGGCUCCUGGAUCAUUGGUGUUCCUGUUCAAAUAGGACAGACAUACCAGAUUUUCUCUCUGACUUUUUGUGGUUCUAAUAUAAUCAACCACUUCUUCUGUGAUGUGCUCCCGUUGCUCAAACUGGCUUGUGAGGAUACUUUCGUAAAUGAGAUGCUGGUGUACAUCGUUUCCGUGUUAUUUGCCAUGAUUCCAUUCCUGCUGAUUCUUGGCUCCUAUAGUAAAAUCAUCUCCACCAUCCUCAAGUUGCCAUCAGCUACCAGUCAGGCCAAAGCCUUCUCCACCUGUUCAUCUCAUCUUAUGGUUGUGGUGUUAUUUUUUGGAUCAGCAAUUAUUACAUACUUAAGACCCAAGACCAGUCACUCAGAGGGAACUGGCAAAGUGCUUUCUCUUUUCUACACUAUCUUAACCCCUAUGCUUAAUCCCUUGAUAUAUACGCUGAGAAACAGGGACGUCAUAAUGGCACUGAGAAAGUUGGUAUGCAAAUAA